CGCAAAACUGUGUUUCUCAUUCACAAAGUCAAGGAUCUCUCCCCCACCCCCACACACAUGGAUUCUCUCGACUUGCCUCAUACUUCAUCUUUUCAGGGAGGAAGCGAAUUAUUUCUGCGGAAUGUGUUCGAGAAUAUAUUGCAGACGUACUUGAAGAAGAACCCAACGACAAAAAGGAUAUGGGAACUGGUUCAGUCGGUGGACAACGAGAAAAUUUGCUACGACCACUUCACUUUCAUGACACUUAAGAUUGAAGGUUAUGGAAUCGACUCCAUGUCAAGUUUCUUCAUGGAUAAUGGAUAUAAAAUAGGAGGUGGGCUUGAUUUUCCACAGAAGAAACUGAGAGGUCUCUGGUUUUCUCCUCCGGAUAUUAAGAUCCCUGAGAAUGGCCACGGCCUAAGCAAUGGACCCUUACCCCGACUUGUUAUGGGUGAGAUUAUUGUGGACGAACUAAGCCCUGGAUCACAGGAGAUAAUAAGGAAGUAUCUAAAACCAGCAGGAGGCAAGCAAGCCCUUCUGUCUAGUAUUCUUGGGUCCUUAAUAUGGGAGAAGCCAACAUGGAGCGAAUUUAAGCAAAUUGCCGAAGAAAACGAAUUGGCGGCAUGGGCUUUUAUCAACGGCUACACAAUGAACCAUCUAGCGUUUGCUGUUCAUCGACUUAAACACCGUUUUAGUGACAUCAACUGCAUCAUACAAUAUCUAGAGGAAAAUGGAUUUGGUCUCAACCAGGACGGAGGAGUUCUCAAUGGUUAGAUAUCUACAUAUAUGUGUAUAAACAAAAUCUAUUCUGUCCACCAAUGUCUGGAUUGUUGAUUGAUUUCAGUGAGUACUGAUGGGCUAUUGCUACAAGUGUCGUCACUCUCGGAGCAGCUUCCGGUUGAAUUUUCAGACGGUGUAGUCAAAUCGGUCCCUGCUUCAUACAUUGAAUUCACCGAACGUCUUGUUUUGCCACAGUUCAAAGAUCUACCUCAUGAUCAGAUUAAAGAGUUCCAUAGACGUGAAGACUUUGCACUGAACAACGCGGACAACAUUUUGGAAAGCUCCCGUUUUACUUCGGAUGUUUAGAAUUAUUUUUCUGGUUUGGUCCAGUCCUGUCUGAAAAUGAAAAGAGUAUUAUUAAGUAUGGGUUUGAAAACGUGAGUCUCAUGUUGAGUAAUGAUUAGUUAUAGGUUUAAUUCAUAUAUAGAAUAAUCAUCUCUCCACCUAUUGACCACAUAUUAAAAGUGUUUGUUAAAAUGUCGAAUGAAAUAUGUUUAUGGAGUCUUGCAACUAUUAAGUAACUAAUAAGAAUCUGCCAAGAAAGAGGCGUGAAGCCCAAACAAGUGAAGAAAAAUUAUAACAAGAAUAGGUGUGUGUAUACAUUAUCAACAACCACAAAAGUGUGAUCAUUUAAAAAGAAAGUAUAGCUUUAUUUAAGUACCCAAGUCACGAGUCCGACUACACUAUGCUAAUUAGGCCAUGUUCACAGGGGAGUCGCUUCUGCAGCAUCCGGCGACCAAAUAAUAAAAGGUGUACUAGAGUUAUGAUUUAUGAAUGCUUUGGGGCCAUAAAACAAGAGCGGAAAAGAGAACAGAUUGUCACCCCGGGAAACAUUAUGGGGUAUAUUGGAGAUCUAGACGCAAAUCGAGAUAUCAGAAAUGGGAUAUAUCGUAAAAAUAGUGGAAAAUAAUAGAGAAGACUAACUUUUACGAAAAGAAAGGAUUAGGACUAGCUUUUUUUUGCUUCCUACGAUGCAGGCUUCCUCUCUGGUGGCAGACGACACACAGCCGUUGUCAAUGGUGGACGGUGGUGAUGAAGUGGGUCGUCCGCCUCUCACCACAAGUCUCUCUUCUCGGUUCCAACGGCAAAGCAACGAGGAUGGUGCACGGUGGCUUAGUUAACACCGGCAUAUCUCUUGUGAUGACUAGAUGUGGCUUAAAGUAAUAGGGGGCAGCUCCUUCUCUUGUGAUAAAUGUGUUAGAAACGGCACAACCCAGGAGAGACAAAACAAAAAAAAAGUGGAUGGGCCAAGCCCAACAAAACUUGUAAGGAAAUAAAACCAGUCCGGUUUUCAAAAACCGGUAUGUGACACUAGUAUAUAGUACCAUACCUUCUUUUAACUUGAUUUUAUUUUAUUUUUUGCCUCAGACAUAUGGAAAUAUCCUUAGUCCAGUAAUUUGACUAGUUCAUCAAUUUUUUUAACGUUACUA